AUGUCCGCAAUAGACACGACCCCGGUCCAAGGGCCCGUUCAGACACCACAAGCACCACAAUUCGACGAGGAUCCAGAAUUCGUUGACGCUGUCGAGGAGGAAUUGCCUACAGAGAGUCAUGCCCUUGCCAACGCUGACCAUGAGGAGAAAGGUGCUGCCCAGAUAAACCAUGGCCAAACUGAAGUAAGAGAUUUAGGGUGGAAUGAGGAAGCUGUUGAUCUUCCAACUCCUCUUGUCGGAGGACUACCCAAUGAAGAGCUCUGGACCCUGGUUAGACGUUUCAAUAAGCAAAUGUACCAUGUCAAAUCCCUGCCGGAACCACCAAUCGGCGGACUCGAUCUUAACAUUGCGGACGAGGAAGAGUUCUCCCCAGAUAAACUACGGGCAAAUAUCGAGCGACUUUAUAUGACCGUUAUUGUCGGACUUGUCGGAUUCUGGAAUCAUAUUGCACGACUGAGAUCAUGGCGAGAACGAAACCGAACAAUUGCAUUCGCAGCAGUCUAUUUUACAGCCUGGGCUAUCGAUUUUUUAGUACCGAUGAUUGUCAGCUUUGUUAUAGUCCUGAUAGUGUACCCUCCAGCAAGGACUUACUGCUUCCCGCCUGCACCAAUCGCUUUGAUCGAUUCGAAAACCGGAGGAAUCAAGAAGCCUACUGCAGGCGUUCUGGGAAGUGACAACAGCUUGACAGGAGCGCCCGAAAAGCAUGAAGGAGAAGCGGUUGAACAAGAAGCGAGUAAUUUCGUCAAUGGUUUUACCUCAAUUGCACUCAGCAGUGCCGCUGGAAAACACCCUCAAGGAGACCCGCAUGGUGAAGAAGAGGGCGCAAGUAGUCUAGAAGACAGUGCACCAGACCCUACGAAUAUGGCUAUGCAUGCGGCAGAUGCUAAGGACAAAAGCUCGGGUGGAAAUCCGAAUGCAAAGCACGACAAAACCAAAGAGCCAAUGUCAGCUGCCAUGUGGUCAAAAACAAGGCCAGUCAUGCACGCCAUUGCUGAUAUCUCAGAUGGGUGGGAGCGAUUUGCCAACGCUUUGUCUGCAACUGCACCAUUUCCAAAAGAAGCGCCUAGAGUCAAACUGGCUGCAUGUCUUGCUCCUGUACUCCUAGCAUCGAUCUUCACUAGCUCCUACAUGUUCACCAAAAUGAAUGGCCUUUUCAUCGGCUUUGGCUUCUUCGCCGAUCCUUUGAUUUGGAGAGGGCUGUCUUACUUGAACAGAGAAUUUCCCAACUGGCAGAAACUCCUCGAAAUCAGAAAUACUCUUCUCAAGGGUGUCCCGACAAAUGCUCAACUCACAAUUACCUUACUCAGAAUCGGCGAGGCGAACAAAGCACCUCUACCUCCACCACCAUACUCUGGCCCGCCACCACCAGAUGCUGCGCAUGCCACUGCGGGCCAGGAUCUCGAACAUUUAGAAGGCGUAUCCGACCGUGAGAUGGCUGAUGCUGUUCAUCCUGAUACUGCAGUAACAACCGGCGCAGAUGCAGCGGCACCGAAGCCCAAGAGGAAGACUGGUCACCGCAUCGUUGCAGCCAUGAAGCAUGCUACAAAAGGCGGCGUCGAGACUAUCCUUGGAACCGAUCGCUUGAAAGCAGCAGCAGGAGGAGAACACGCAAAGAAUCGUUUAGGGGUUUUGCAAACAGAUUCUAUCGACAAAUCCGCCGGACCUAUUCAAUUCUCGGCUCGAUAUAAGGGUAAGAAAGGCCACGCAUAUAUCACAACGAUGGCGACUAGCCCAGCGUUGAGUUGGACAACUCAGAAAGAAGAUAUUGAUCCCGUGUUCACAAUUGCAAUUGCUGAUAUAAAAGAAAUCAAGAAAGUUGGCGGGCUAGGCUGGAAGACAAAACUGGUCGUUGGUUGGGCGACAGCACGGGAGAUCGCAGACGGCUUACUCAUCGUCGAGAAAGAUGGGAAUACGAAACAACUCACUGCCAUUGCGCUCCGCGAGGAAAUGUUCAAUAGACUGGUGGCGAUGGGUACUCAAAUGUGGGAAGCUUGGUAA